AUGACCACAUCCAGACUCGACCGCCUGGUCACCUUGCUUGAGACCGGCAGCACCCAGCUCAUCCGUAAUACCGCUGCCCAGCAACUCGCUGACGUGCAGAAAAACCACCCCGACGAACUCUUUAAUCUACUCACCCGUGUUGUGCCUUAUCUGCGGUCGCCAUCAUGGGAUACCCGGACCGCUGCGGCUCGCGCGAUUGGCGGCAUCGUCGAGCAUGCCGAGAAAUAUGACCCAAAUGCUGUGCUUGAUGAGGUCAAACCUGACGAAAAUGGCACCGACUCGAUCAAGCAGGAGGACGUGCCAGCCAUCUCCACCGCACCCGACCAACUUCAGCUCGCCACCUUGGAUGUGGAAGCUAUCCUGACCUACGGCAAGGAGUUGCUUGGUAGUGCCGGAAAACAGUACGACUUCAAGCUCGCAGGUCUUAAUGCCACCGAGCGGUUGGCGCAUCAAAAGAAGACUCUCACCGCCCGACUCGGUCUUGGGGGAGAGUACAUUGAGGAAGACCUCGUCACCGAAAAGGACAUCACCGCCCGAGCAACUUCAUUUUCUGCUCCUGGUCUACCUCGGAUCGACACAAACGACAGCAAGCAAGCUUCCCAGGCCAACGAAGAGGCUAUUGUGAAAUCUCCGGAAGAGGGCCCACCACAGACUCCAGGUGGCGUCGAAAUGAGCAAGCGACAGCUCAACAUGCUCAAGCGACGUCGCAAAGAAGAACUGAAACGCGAUAACAAGAAGUUCAAGUACGACUUUGCGGCGAGACGUGGCAGCACCAGUUUGACACAGACUCCUGCGGAUGACAUCAAGCCUGAAGUCAAGCAGGAGAACCAAGAAAACGGCAACGGCGACUACUUCUCAAUCGAUCGAAAAGGCGGCGACGAUGACUCGAAGGUGGUGUCAGAGUUCAAAGGUAUGCCAAUUCCCGAAAAAUCCACACUUGUUACAGAAGCGGAGGAGGAAGGAAACGAGUGGCCGUUUGAGCGAUUGUGUGAAUUCCUAACUGUCGACUUGUUCGAUCCUUCGUGGGAGAUACGCCACGGUGCAGCUAUGGGUCUGCGUGAGAUUGUGCGUGUUCAUGGCGGAGGCGCGGGGCGACAGGCGGGCAAGCAGAAGCCGGAGAACGAGGCACUGAAUCGCGCGUGGCUGGACGACCUUGCGUGUCGUCUUUGCUGCGUUUUCAUGCUUGAUCGGUUUGCGGACUACGUUUCCGACAACGCCGUGGCCCCUAUCCGAGAGACAGCCGGCCAGGUUCUGGGGGUGGUCCUGCAGUUUCUGCCGGCAUCUUCUGUUCACGAGAUCAACCGCAUCCUAUAUCGACUAGUGAUGCAAAAGGACCUGAAGGUGUCCCGACGAAUAUGGCACGCCUGCCAUGGCGGUAUGAUCGGCAUGCGAUAUCUGGUGGCCGUUCGAACGGAUCUGCUUUUCCAGGAUCGAUCUCUUAUGGACGGCGUUCUCGAGUGUGUCAUCAAGGGACUCGGGGACCAAGACGACGACGUGCGAUCAGUCAGCGCCGCUACCCUCAUACCUGUGGCCAAGGAGUUUGUCAAUGUCCGGUCGGACGAGCUGGGCCAUCUCAUCAGUGUGGUGUGGGAGUGCUUGUCUAGCCUGUCGGACGAUCUUUCUGCCAGUACAGGAUCGGUCAUGGACCUGCUCGCUAAGCUGUGUAGUUUCCCUGAAGUCCUGGCUGCUAUGAAGGAGAAUGCUGCCACGGAUCCGGAACAGUCCUUCGACGAACUUGUGCCUCGACUAUACCCCUUCCUGCGGCAUACCAUCACGAGCGUACGAUCUGCUGUACUUCGUGCGCUGCUGACAUUCAUCAAUAUUGAGGGCACGGACACCAAGGGCUGGGUGAACGGCAAAGCUCUUCGUUUGGUCUACCAGAACCUUCUGGUUGAGAGGAACGACGGUGUUUUGAAGCUUUCAUUGGAAGUCUGGACAGCCUUGUGCGAUGCUUUGGUGAGCAAGGGACCUCUUGCUUUCAAGCAAGAAUUCGAGCCGCAUGCCGUGCCGCUCAUGACACUCACAAUUCAUCCCAUUGGAAUCAGCCGGCAUCCAAUUCCCAUGGACUCGACUCUGUUUAUCAAGCCAUCUGGACAGACUUAUGCUCCCUUGGCUACAGCGCACCGCUCUUCUCCGGUCAAUGGAUCUGAGCCGCCCAAGAAGCGAAGGAGAUCAGACAAGAAAGAGAGCUCCGCCCCUCCGCCAACUUCAGCGACCACGCACAAUAUCGAUGCGGCGAUCAUGCAGGGAGAUGUCGACCUUGUGGGCGCAGAUGUUAUGAUCAGAUCGCGCAUCUUCGCCUCACGCGCGCUCGGCAAGGCAAUUUCUCUGUUCCCGACUGAAGAGCGAGAAGCAUUCUUUGGACCCAAACUUCUCCCCAACCUGAAGUCCGUCUACGGCUCGACCCAACUCUUCACCUCCAUGGCAUUCGAAGGCUUCGCAGCUGCUGUUCCCGAUCCAGACCCCUUGCGAGAAGCAGCUUGCGCGGAUUUGCGUAAUCUCGUCGAAGAGGACAGACCUGGCUGGUACAGUGACCUGACAAGCUACCUGCGCAUUGUUCGUGCACAAUGCCAACAACUUCUCAACGCGUUCGCCGAGAGUGGCCACGUACCUGGCAGCAAGCUUCCGAUCAUUGCGGUUGUAUGUCAAGGCGAUCCUGAAGCUGGCAAGAACGCAUUCUCAAUCAGUGAUGCGGAGAAGAUUGUCGGUCAUGACUUCGAGCGUCUCAAGAAGAGUCUGUCUACUGUUCAGAGAAUGGCAGCUGCUGAGGCUCUGAAUACCGCGAAGCUAGAUGCCGAGACUGCAAUUGGCGAGGCGCACACUGCGAAGGCACAGAUGGACUUGCGAAUCAAGUCUACUGCAGCCGCUGCGCUUGUGGCUUUCCAGAACAUACCUAAGAAGCCUCAGCUAACCAUCAAGGCAUUGAUGGACAGCAUCAAGGAGGAAGACAACCUCGAUCUCCAACACAAAACUGCGUCAGCAGUAUCUGGUCUGAUCAGUCAGCUCAUCGCCAACGAGCGCAACAAGGUCGUCGAGAAGGUCGUGGGCAAUUUGGUCAAAUUCUGCUGUAUGGAAGUUGGCGAGACCCCUGAGUUCCAUCCCAACGCGGAUAAAGAGGUUGGCAUACUUUCACUGCAAAAGGACGAAGAUAUCCAGGACCGCCCGGAUGCAGCACAGCACGAGCGUGAAGUCAAGGCAGCUCGCAUCACUCGCCGCGGUGCAAAAGACGCUCUGGAACAGCUCUGCCAACUAUUCGGUGCGGAUCUUUUCACCAAAGUGCCCAAACUGCAGGCUGUUAUCGAAGGCCCCAUCAAGCAGUGCUUCACCACUGAACUCCCUGCCGAUAUUGCGGAUCCAGACACCACGAUCGGACAAGAAGCCGUCGAUGCCAUGUCGACGUUGCGAGCACUCGUCGCUACUUUCGAUUCGUCUCUCCACGAUUGGGUCCUGCAGCUGCUGCCUUUCGUGGGACGGGCGCUCCAAUGCCGCCUCGCAGUCUUGCGCUACACUGCAGCCAAGUGCUUCGCCAGUGUCUGUAGCGUGAUCACCGUGCAAGGCUUCACCAUGCUUGUCCAACAAGUCAUUCCACCGAUCAACAACGCCCACGAAGUUGUCUUCAGACAAGGUGCUAUCGAGUGCAUCUACCAUCUGAUCCAGGUGAUGGGUGACGGUAUUCUGCCAUAUGUCAUCUUCCUCCUGGUGCCUGUCCUCGGACGCAUGAGUGAUUCCGACAGCGGCGUACGUCUCAUUGCAACUACAGCUUUCGCGACUCUGGUCAAGCUGGUGCCGCUCGAAGCCGGUAUUCCUGAUCCACCUGGUCUUCCUCAGUCUUUGCUGGAAGGCCGAGACAGAGAACGCAAGUUCAUUGCUCAGAUGCUUGAUCCGAAGAAGGUUGAGCCAUUUACGAUCCCCGUCGCCAUCAAAGCCGAGCUGCGUUCGUACCAACAAGAAGGCGUCAACUGGCUUGCGUUCCUGAAUCGCUACCAUCUUCACGGAGUGCUUUGUGACGACAUGGGACUUGGCAAGACCUUGCAGACUCUCUGCAUUGUUGCCAGCGACCACCAUCUUCGAGCAGAGGAGUACGAGAAGACUCAGUCACCAGAAGUCAGACGUCUGCCUUCUUUGAUCAUUUGUCCGCCGACUCUCACCGGACAUUGGAAGCAAGAGAUUCGGACUUAUGCUCCAUUCUUGAACGCAGUCGCGUACGCCGGUCCUCCACCAGAGCGUAGCAAGGUGCGGAACCAAUUAGGCACAGCAGACGUUGUCAUCACCUCGUACGAAAUCGCUCGUAACGACGUCGACAUUCUGGCACCUAUUAAUUGGAACUACUGCGUUCUUGACGAAGGACAUUUGAUCAAGAACCCCAAGGCCAAAGUCACUAUUGCCGUCAAGCGCCUGGCGAGCAACCAUCGCCUGAUUUUGUCAGGUACUCCUAUCCAGAAUAACGUGCUGGAACUGUGGUCACUUUUCGACUUCCUCAUGCCCGGAUUCUUGGGUACCGAGAAGGUGUUUCAAGACCGAUUCGCCAAGCCGAUCGCAGCCAGUCGAUUCGCAAAGUCAUCCUCUAAAGAACAAGAAGCUGGUGCCCUGGCAAUCGAGUCUCUGCACAAGCAAGUUCUCCCGUUCUUGCUUCGUCGUUUGAAAGAAGAGGUGCUGAACGAUCUUCCUCCAAAGAUCCUUCAGAACUACUACUGCGACCUCAGCGAACUGCAAAAGAGACUCUUCGAUGACUUCACUAAGAAGGAAGCCAAGUCUCUGCAAGAUAUGGCUGGCAGUGCUGACAAGGAAGCAAAGCAGCACAUCUUCCAGGCUUUGCAGUAUAUGCGUAAGCUCUGCAAUUCGCCGGCUAUGGUUAUGAAGGAGACUCAUAAGCAGUAUGCUGCAACCCAAGCACUUCUCGCCAAAGAGGGUUCCAGCUUGAAGGAUCCGAAGCACGCUCCCAAGCUGACAGCUCUUCGGGACCUCCUCGUCGACUGUGGAAUAGGGGUUGAACAGAACGAUGCUGGAGGUGUGCCAACGGCAGAUCAAGCCGUCUCUCAACAUCGUGCACUCAUCUUUUGUCAGAUGAAGGAGAUGCUUGACAUGGUGGAAGGUACCGUGUUGAAGAAGAUGUUGCCAGGCGUGACCUUCUCUCGACUUGACGGCUCUGUGGAGGCUUCGAAGAGACAGGACAUUGUCAACCGCUUCAACUCAGAUCCAUCCAUCGACUGCCUACUGCUCACGACCAGCGUCGGUGGUCUUGGUCUGAACUUGACGGGUGCCGAUACCGUCAUCUUCGUCGAGCACGACUGGAACCCGCAGAAGGAUCUCCAAGCCAUGGACCGUGCCCAUCGUAUCGGACAAAAGAAGGUCGUCAACGUCUACCGUCUCAUCACGCGAGGCACCUUGGAAGAGAAGAUCCUGAACCUGCAACGCUUCAAGAUCGACGUCGCCUCGACCGUGGUCAACCAACAAAACGCCGGCCUGGGCACCAUGGAGACGGACCAAAUCCUCGACCUCUUCAAUCUAGGAGAGACGGAUCCAAACCUCUCCAUCUCCGAUAAGCCCGAAGCCAACGGCGUGGACGAGUCCAACGCCGUCGACGCCGAGGGCAAUAUGCGCGAGAAGGGCAAGAAGGGUAUUCUGGAUGAACUUUCGGAACUAUGGGAUGACAAGCAGUAUGAGGAAGAGUUCAAUCUGGAUGGCUUCCUCAAGACGAUGAAGGCAUGA